AUGAAUAGGCAAAGCGCCGUGGCCGCGCUGCUGCAGGAGUGCAGGCGAGCUCUGGACACGCUCCUGCUGGCCAAGGCUGGCACGGGCCAGGGAGAUGAGCGAGAAUACCAGCAGUGCCAAGCAUUGCUUCCUGAGGACUUGAGGACCCUUCUGGAGGAAGCAAAGGAAAUGAAGUGGCCUUUUGUGCCAGAAAAGUGGCAAUACAAACAAGACCUCAGCCAAGAAGACAAAACAAACCUGCAAGAUAUGAUCAGCACAAGGCUCCCCGAUUUGCUGGUUUAUUUGAAAGCCUCCAUCAUGGUCAAGGACUUUGUGACAGCAGCUGGGAUUGUGUUCCUGAUUGACCGCUUCCUGUAUUGGAUCGAUGCCUCCAGCAAGCUCCUUCAGAUUGCCAAGGGCCUGCACAGGCUGCAGCCCACCAUACCCAUCAGCCCUCAGGUGCUCAUCCGCCAGGCUCGCCUCUCCGUCAACACAGGUAAACUUUUAAAAGCUGAAUAUAUCCUAAGCAGCCUUAUUAAUGACAAUGGAGCAACAGGUACCUGGCGGUAUGCUCAGGAAAGCGACAGGAUUCUUGUUCAGUCAGUCUGCUUACAAAUCAGGGGACAGAUUCUGCAAAAACUUGGGAUGUGGUACGAGGCAGCAGAGUUGAUCUGGGCGUCAGUCGUGGGAUAUUUCAAACUUCCUCAGCCAGAUAAAAAGGGAAUUGCUACUUCCUUGGGUAUUAUGGCAGACAUCUUUGCUUCUAUGAAUGAGAAGGAUUAUGUACGUUUUAAAACCAAUGCUGAGGUUGACCUGGGCCUUCUCCGAGAGGUCAGUCAUCGCUUAUUGUCAGCUGCUGAGGCCUGCAAGCUCGCAGCAGCCUACAGCCAGUACACCCCACUGUUUGUCCUCACAGCCAUGAACAUCCGUGGGGUGUGUUUGCUGUCCUAUAGUCACUCCAAGGACUGUCCCCCAGAAAAGAAAAAGUUCUACUUGUCUGAAGCCAAAGAAUCCUUUGAGAUUGGCCUCCUCACCAAGAAUGACAAGAGCCCCAUCACCAGUAAGCAGGAGCUCCACAGUUUUAUUAAAGCUGCUUUCUGUCUCGCAACCGUGCACCGAUGGCUCUAUGGGGAGAGUGAGAAACUCCAUGAGGUGGGUCAGCUGUGUAGAGAAGCCCUGGGAAAGCUGCAUUCCUACAGUACUUCAUUUACAGAAGAGGAAGACAAAGAAAUGCUCGCCAAAGAGAUCAUGUCUCUGAUCUUAUCUGUGAAGAAGCUCCUGCAAGUAGAAAGCUUCCCUAAUUCUGAUGCCAGGUCUUAUGUUCCAGACAGUUAUAGAGGCACAGUGGAAAAACCUAUCCUGCAAGGGGAAGCUGACUUUGAGAAGAUCCUCGCCAUGCAUUCUCAGCAUCAUGUGUCAGUGUGUGAAGUGUUUGAAAAGGCUUGCAGGAUUCACAAAACCACUCCAGGAGAGACCCAAGUGGGAGCUUGUAUCACGAUGUUAAGAACAGAAACCAAAAGCAUGGACACUGUGUGUCCUACCGAAGAAAGAGCAUACCAGAGGAAAGGUCCUGUGAAAAUGCUGAAGUCACCAACAGCAGGAGGUAGCUCAGAGAGGCUCAGUGGACAGAGAAAUAAACACAUUGGUUCUGAUGUGAUGAAAGCUUCCUUUGAUGGAGACUUUGAGCUGUUAGAAAGAGAAAUAAAUGAAGAAAAUGGUGUUUUCAGCAAAAGGCAAAACAGGAGUCAAACCACUACUUCAGAGGAUUCUUGGUGCAAGCUGUCAAAAUCAAGUUUCUCUUCCAGCUGGGAGGAACUAAACUGUAAGAGCAGCAAAGAGUGUCCCAGGGAAGGGCAGCAGCGGGAAAAGGGCUCAGUGGAGGAGCAGUGUUGCACAACAGAAUCUGAUGAAAAUGGUCAAGCUGCAGACUUGUGCUCAUUGCCUCCCAGAGCCUGGCAUCAUUCUCCUCGAGAGCCUCUCCAUAGCUAUUGGGGGUCUCCUCAGCCUUCUGACGAGGCAGGUGCACCUCUGGUACAGAAGGCAUCUCUUUGCAGAGAAGAGCUGCGGGAGGGAAGACACUGUGGAAAGAGCUCUUCAGAAAAGCAAGCAGGGGAGGUGAACAACACCGUUCCUUUGCUCUCCAACCUUUACUCUGUUUCUACUGGGCUGAAGAAGGAAAAGGAGGAGGAAGAGGAGGAGGCGAAGUCCUCCUUGGGCUGCAGGACCAAGGACAGCGUCAGGGAGCGUGGCGGUUCCUCCUCAUCCCGGCCCCGGAGCCCCUUCCUGUGGGUCAACCCAGAAGGAGAAACUGCAGAUAGCAUAGAGGAUCCCUCGUUUGAGACACGUCCCCCCACAAAUGGGGAUGCUUCUGUAGUAUCGAUGAGCACCAAGCCAGAAAUGGCCAGUGACCCCUCUGUGUGUGGCUGGCUGAGGAAAUAUGCUGUGGUGGGAAACGGAUCUCUCCAAGCACCUGAAGUUGACACCCAGGCAGAGACAACAGAUAAUGAUGAAUUCGAUUUUGUCAAUAUUGGAGGCUUAGUAAACAAUUAUCCUACAGCAUCUGUUCCAAAGCCUCAGUCAACUCCCACUGCACCAACAGCUUUGCCCUCGAGGGGAAAAAUACCCCUGAACGAGCACUUUGACUGUGCCUCUACUGAAGCAGAUGAAGAAGACUCUCAGGACAUGGUGAGCAGCAAGAGACAAUCCAGUUCAUCUCUGACUUCGUGGUGCAAAUCAGCACAGAUGCCCAAGAGUUCCCCUGAAAGUUCAUUCCUGACCUCCAGGGGAAGUGGUUUUGUCCUCAUGCCUGGGAGAAUGAAGGCGGACACCCUGGACGCUCGUUUUCUGAGGGACGAGGAUUACGCGCAGCUUCUGGCAGGAGUAGAACAUAAUUGGCUCGUCCAGAGAUUGAUGCCUACUGGAAUUUUUAAGUCCAGACAGCUUCGUAAAGCAUACUCUGCUCUUCUUUUAAAAUACUCCAAGAAAUCAGGCCUCUGGACGGGCCAAGAAACAGCUGUAUUCAUUGGGGACUACCUGAAUGUGGCAAAGGAAGGCAAACAGAGAAGUGCAUUUUGGAUACACUUCCUGCACCAAGAAGAAAGCCUGGGAAGGUAUGUUGGGAAAGAAUAUAAAGAGGAAAAAGGACUUCUUCAUCAUUUCAGUGAUGUGGAACGGCAAAUGACUGCCCAGUACUACGUGACGGAAUUCAACAAAAGGCUGUAUGAGCAGAAGGUCCCUACCCAAAUCUUUUAUAUCCCAUCUGCAGUACUCCUGAUACUGGAAGACAGAACUAUAAAAGGAUGUUUGAGCGUGGAGCCCUACAUCCUUGGGGACUUUGUGAAGCUGUCCAAUAACACAAAGGUAGUAAAGAAUGAGUACAAAGCCACGGAGUACGGCCUGGCCUACGGCCAUUUCUGCUAUGAGUUCUCCAACGGAACCGACGUUGUCGUUGAUCUGCAAGGUUGGGUGACAGGUAAUGGUAAAGGCCUCAUCUACCUCACAGACCCCCAGAUUCAUUCUCUGAAUAGCAAAGAUGUUUCACGUUCCAACUUUGGGAAGAAAGGAAUUUAUUACUUCUUUCAUAAUCAACAUGUGGAGUGCAACGAAAUCUGUCGCUGCCUUUCUUUAACAAGACCCUCAGCAGAGCUGCAGAUGUAG